GGAAAUCUCUAGAAACAGGGUUAAGAAAGAGGACACCAUAAGCCCUGUCCUCCUGUCCUUUCUUCCUACACCAUGUGGAAGAACAGACAGGCUCUGCCAUGUCUCAUUUCAGUUCUUCUUGUCUUUCUGCCUUCUGCUUCCUCGAUCCAUUCAGAUCCGAAGUAUAUGGUGCUGGUCCCUUCCCAGCUCCUCACUGAGACCCCUGAGAAAAUCUGCCUCCAUCUAUACCAUCUGAAUGAGACGGUGACAGUCACAGCCACCUUGCAGUAUGGCUGGGGAAACAGAAGCCUGUUCAAUGAGCUUGUGGUCGACAAGGACUUGUUCCGCUGUGUGUCCUUUACUCUCCCCAGACUUUUCCUUUCUGAGGAGAAGGUGUCCCUCUCUGUCCACAUCAAAGGGCCAACACAUGAAUUCAGCAAAAAGACGGUGGUGCUGGUGAAGAACAAAGAAAGCGUUGUCUUUCUCCAGACAGACAAACCAGUGUACAAGCCAGGACAGUCAGUCAACUUUAGGGUUGUCUCUAUGGAUAAAAAUCUACACCCUCUGAAUGAGUUGUUUCCUGUGGUUUACAUUGAGGAUCCAAAAACGAACCGAAUUAUGCAGUGGCAGAAUAUCAGCACAGAGAACGGGCUUAAGCAACUGUCCUUCAGCCUGUCUCUGGAGCCCAUUCUGGGAUCCUACAAGAUAGUGAUACAAAAACAAUCGGGAGAGAAGAAAGAGCACUCCUUCACCGUAGAGGAAUUCGUGCUUCCUAGAUUUGAAGUUCAAGUAAAGGUCCCAAAGGCCAUCUAUAUGCAAGAAGAAAAAAUAAAUGUGACGGCAUGUGCAGUAUACACCUACGGGAAGCCUGUCCCAGGACAAGCAAAGAUAAGUAUAUGCCUUAAAUAUCUGUACUUCAGCCUUGGGUUAAAGCCUGAAUGCAAAGAAGUCAGUUACCAGCUAGAAAAAAAUGGCUGUAUCACACAAGAAGAAAACAUCACUAUGUUCCAAGUAAAGAAAAGUUAUGAUGACUACAAGUAUCUUCGUGUGAAUGCAAAUGUCAAAGAAGAAGGGACAGGAUUCGAGUUCAGUGGAUCUGGAACAACUAAAAUUGAAAGAACCACAACCAAACUAGUAUUUGUGAAAGCGGACUCAGACUUUAGACCUGGGAUUCCAUUCCGUAUGAAAGUUCGCCUAGUGGAUGUCAACGACAUUCCUCUCCCAAAUGAGCAAGUCUUCAUCAAACUACAUGAAGCUGGGAACACCAUUGCUGCUAUCACUGAUCAAGACGGCCUGGCAGAAUUCUCCAUCAACACCACAAGCAUUGCAGGUUCUUACCUCACUAUCAAAGUCUACCACAAGAAAGAAAAUUUGUGUCUUUUUUUUCCUUGCAUGGAAGAACAAUACGCAGAAGCACAGCAUGAGGCCUACAGAGUUUAUACUGAGAGCAGGAGCUAUGUCUACCUUGAGAUAGAGCCUGGCAUCUUGCCCUGCAGCCAGAUUCACACAGUUCAGGCACAUUUUAUUCUGAAUGGGCCAGUUUUGUUGCUGCUGAGAGAGCUCAAUUUUUACUACCUGGUCAUGGCGCAGGGCAAAAUCGUCCAUACAGGAAGCCACACUCACCACAUGGAACCCAGUGAAUUGUGGUGCUUGUGGGUACAUAUGUGCAUGUGUGGUGCCCUCCUGAGAUCAUUAGCAUGCCAACAAUUGACCACAGAGCAGCAGGAAUGUCUUCCAAAUGCAGUCCCUGCAGCUCCUGUGAAAGGCCACUUCACCUUGGAGAUCCCCGUGGAGUUCAGCAUGGCCCCCGUCGCUAAAAUGCUCAUCUAUGCCAUCUUGCCUGAUGGAGAAGUGAUUGCAGAUUCUGCAAAAUUUGAAAUUGAAAAGUGUCUUCUCAACAAAGUGGACCUGAGCUUCAACCCAGCCCGAAGUCUCCCUGCCUCACAGGCCCAUCUGCGUGUCACAGCUUCUCCUCAGUCCCUCUGUGGCCUGAGAGCCGUGGACCAAAGCGUGUUGCUCCUGAGGCCUGAAGCUGAGCUCUCCCCUUCCUGGAUCUACAAUCUGCCAGAGAUGCAGCACAAGGACCUUACUCCAAGAUCCCACCAGCUCUCUGAAGAAGAUCAUUAUAAUAUGGGAGAUACAGUCACAUACUUAGGACCAGACGAAUAUGACAAGGAUGUCUAUGAAUACAUAGAGGACAUGGGUUUACAGGCCUUCACCAACUUGAAGAUCAAACAUCUUAAAUUUACUACUUACUUCAGCUCUGGCCUAAGAACAGGGUCUACAAAAUAUGAUCUUGCCGAUGCCAGACUUGAACCUGAAGUCACGGUGGCAAAUAAAAACCUUUACCAUGGAGAUCCAACUAUUGAGACCUUUCGAAAAUAUUUUCCUGAAACUUGGGUCUGGGAUUUAGUCACAGUAAACUCCUCAGGACUGGCUGAAAUGGAAGUGACAGUCCCUGACACCAUCACUGAGUGGAAGGCCGGGGCCUUCUGCCUGUCCAAUGCCACUGGACUUGGGCUCUCUCCUGUGGUUUCUCUCCAAGCCUUCCAGCCCUUCUUCGUGGAGCUCACGAUGCCCUACUCUGUGAUCCGAGGAGAAGCCUUCACGCUCAAGGCCAAUGUGCUGAACUACCUUCCUACCUGCAUCCGGCUGGGUGUGCAGCUGGCAGCCUCUCCAGAUUUCACAGCUGUCCCGGUGGAGAAAGCCCAAGAUUCUUACUGCCUCUGUGCCAACGGAAGGCACACCACGUCCUGGUUGGUGACUCCCAAGUCUCUAGGAAAUGUGAAUUUCUCUGUGACUGCAGAGGCACUGCAGUCCCCAGAGCCCUGUGGUUCUGAGGUGGCCACAGUCCCUGAUACUGGGAGAAAGGACACAGUUGUCAAAGUCCUGCUUGUUGAGCCUGAAGGAAUUCAGGAGGAGCACACCUUCAGUUCCCUGCUCUGUGCAUCAGAUGCUGGGCUAUCUGAAAAAUUGUCCCUGGUGCUCCCACCAACAGUAGUGAACGAUUCAGCCAGAGCCCAUUUCUCUGUGCUGGGUGAUAUCCUGAGUUCAGCCAUUAAAAACACCCAGAAUCUUCUCCACAUGCCCUAUGGCUGUGGGGAGCAGAACAUGGUCCUUUUUGCUCCUAAUAUCUACGUACUGAAAUAUCUGAUUGAAACUCAGCAGCUGACUCAGAAAAUCAAGGAAAAAGCCAUUGACUACCUCAAUGCUGGUUAUCAGAGGGAGCUGAACUACAAACACAAGGAUGGCUCCUACAGUGCCUUCGGGGAUCAAAAUGGCCGGAGUCAAGGGAACACUUGGCUCACAGCCUUUGUGCUCAAGUCUUUUGCCCAAGCUCGAGCCUUCAUCUACAUCGAUGCAGCACACUUAACCCACACCUUCACCUGGCUCUCCCAGCAGCAGCAGGACAAUGGCUGUUUCAGGAGCUCCGGAUCACUGUUCAACAAUGCCAUGAAGGGGGGAGUAGACGAUGAAGUGACCCUCGCUGCCUACAUAACCAUUGCCCUUCUGGAGGGCACAUUCCCAGCUACACAUCCUGUUGUCUCCAAAGCCCUGAGCUGCUUAGAGUCAUCCUGGAAGACAACAGAACAAAAUGGAAGGAAUAACUCUGUGUACACCAAGGCCCUGCUGGCCUAUGCUUUCACUCUGGCAGGGAACCAGCAGAAGAGAAAUGAAAUCCUGGGAUCACUUGAUAAGGAAGCUAUAAAGGAAGGUAACUCUGUCCACUGGGAAAGACCCAAGAAACCCAGGAAAGCAGGGAUGUCUCUGUACGAACCCCAGGCUCCCUCUGCUGAAGUGGAGAUGAACGCCUAUGUCCUCCUCGCUCUCCUCUCUGCUCAGCCAGCACCAACCCCUCAGGACCUGGCUGUGGCAGUGAGAAUCGUGAAGUGGCUCACAAAGCAGCAGAAUGCCUAUGGCGGCUUCUCCUCCACUCAGGACACUGUGGUGGCCCUCCAUGCUUUGUCCAAGUAUGGAGCAAUUACUUUCUCCAGAAGUCAGAAAACUCCUUUGGUGACCAUCCAAUCUUCAGGGACGUUUUCCCAAAAGUUCCAAGUAGAGGACAGUAACCGCCUGUUACUGCAGCAGGUCCCUUUACCUGACCUUCCUGGGGACUAUGAAAUCAGUGUGACAGGAGAAGGAUGUGUGUAUGCUCAGACGACGCUGAAAUACAACGUGCACUGGGAGAAGCAGCAGUCUGCAUUUGCUCUCCGGGUGCAGACAGUACCUCUAACUUGUGAUAACCCCGAAGGCCACAACAGCUUCCAGAUCUCACUGGAAAUCAGUUACACCGGGAGCCGUCCAGCCUCCAACAUGGUGAUUGCUGAUGUGAAGAUGAUAUCUGGUUUCAUUCCAUUGAAGCCCACAGUGAAGAAGCUUGAACGGUCCCAGCACGUUAGCAGAACAGAAGUGAGCAACACCGAUGUCCUGUUAUAUCUGGAUCAGGUCACCAAUCAGACCCUGGCCUUCUCCUUCAUCAUUCAACAAGACAUCCCAGUGAAAAACCUACAGCCUGCCGUUGUGAAAGUCUAUGACUACUAUGAGACAGAUGAAGCAGCCUUCGCUGAAUACAGCAUGCCCUGCGGCACAGAGAAACCAAAUUUUUGAAACUUGUCACUCAUUGAAACUUGGACAAGGCAUUGCUGGAAUCUCCAAACCCAGGAACCUUCAAGAUGGUGAUUUUCCUUUGUCUCUGCGAUAUAAAUACUGAACAAGCUUGGUAAAUAAACAUGUAGUUCAAAAUG